AUGAGAGUAGAAAAGGGGAAAAGUGGAGAAAAAGAGGGAAUAAACAAGGGUGAAGAAGGAGAAAAAGAGGUGAUGAAAGAGGAACAAGAAGUUGGAAGACAAAAAGAAGAGAUAAUUCCUUCACAUUUUGUUGGAGAUAUAUCAACAACUAGAUAUUUGAAUGAUAGUGAAACUCAAAUGGAUGUAGAGGAUGGAGGAAGUUUUGGGAAACAGGGUGUGAAGAAGGAAGAAGAAGAAGAAAAAGAGAUGAAAGAGGAGGAAAGUAGAAUUGAGAGACAAGGAGAAAUGAUGGAAGUUUCAUACAACAAUAAAGGACGGACCAGUGAUAUAAUUACAAUAACGCAUGAGAAAUGGUCAAAAAGUAAUCAGAUUGAGUUGAAUUCAGGAGAUGCUCCAGAUGAAGGAAAUAUUCAAGAUCAAAAUAGUUUGUUGAUGAAAGAUGUGGAUUUGGAAACAAAUGACACCAAUCUUGAGGAUUUCUAUCAGAAUGAUGCAGUUACUGCAAACCAUUCACUUGACUUUGGAAAGGAUAUUCAAGGACUUUCGAUGGGGAAUGCUACCUUGAAGAUGAUAGAUUCGAAUUUGACAAUGGUGAACACAGUUCCUGAUGGAUUGGGUGAAGAUCACAUGGAUUCAUCGAAUUCCAGUUCAAGUUCGCAGGAUGAUAACAGUUUGAAUUCUACUAGUAUCCAGGAUGAACAAAAUUCAACAACCUCUGGAGUAGCAAACAUAGGAGAUAUCAGAAAUGAACCAGAUACAAAUGAUACAGUCACUUGGGAUGGAGCAGGGAAUAAAUCAAAUCCUGAAGAAUCUACCUUCAAUAAUAGGACAAAUCUGGACAGAAUAACAUUUGAGGUUGCAGUAGUGGAUGCGCCCCUUGAAGUUCCAAUUCCAGAAGAUGGUUCAAGUCAAAGAAGUUCCAAUCUUCAGGAUGCUCAGAAGAAAUUUAUCCCAAUAACAAAACAAACCACUCCAACUCUUGGAAACUCCUUUACAAGGAUUGGUCAUGAACCAAUUGAAACUGCAGGGAAGGCAGAAUCAUCAAAUGAGGAAACUUCAAGGAACAGUCAUGGUUCAGACAACCUUGACAUUCCAAAGUUGAUGAGAAUAUUUCUUGAAGAACAAAGUGGGAAGGAUGGUCAUGAUGAAGAUAAAUCAAAGGGUGUAAGCAUAGGAAAGGUAGCAUACUUCAAAGAUCCUUUGUCAGAAAACAAACAAACUUUAGCAGAUGACUCAAAAUCAGCAGAUGACAAAAGCCCAACUGUUAGUAAUGAUGAAGAUAAAUCAAAGGGUGUAAGCAUAGGAAAGGUAGCAUACUUCGAAGAUCCUUUGUCUGGAAACAAACAAGUUUUAGCAAACUCAAUAUCUGCAGAUGACACAACACCAACUGUUGUUAUAGAAUCAGUAGCCGAAGAUGCAAAAUCAGCUGUUAAAUCAUCAGUUGAAGUCAUGAAACCAGGUGUUGACUCAGCAUCAUCUGACCCAUUUGACCUUGGUGCUUGGGCAGUCAAGAUGGCCACAGAAGUACCAGGUGAUAUAAAAUCACCUGUUGACACAAAAUCAGCUGUUGACACAUCAGUCAAAGACACAAUACUGGCUGUUGGCUCAACAUCAUCUGAUCAACCAAAACAACCUCAUGAAACAAGAUCAUCUGAUAACACAAAACCAGCUGAUGACGACUCUACUUCAGAUAUUGACACAAAUCCAGCUGUUGAUUCAACAUCAUCCGAUGACCCAUUUAACCUUCACGCCGGCCCAGUCAAGGAGUCCUUAGAGAAACCAGGUGAAACAAAGUCAGUAGAUAGCAUGAAAUCAUCUGAUGAAUCAACAUCAUCUGAUGAAACGAAACCAUCUGAUGACAAAGCAGCAACAUCAGCUGAUGACCCAUUUGACCUUGACGCCUGGCCUGUGAAAAUGGCCGCAGAGGUCCCGGGUGACAUAAUCCUGGGCGGUCUAAUGAUGGUUCACGAGAGGGAGGAGUCGAUGACAUGUGGCCCCAUCAUGCCUGAGGGAGGUGUUCAGGCGCUGGAAGCCAUGCUGUACACCCUGGAUGUCAUCAACCAAUGGGAGGACAGGAAGUUCACUCUGGGUGCACACAUACUUGAUGACUGCGACAAGGACACCUAUGGACUGGAGAUGGCUGUCGAUUUCAUCAAAGGUGAGUUGAGUUUUGGUUGA